AUGGACCGGAGUGGCCGAUUCGCGCUAGCCGGGAUGCUUUUGGUCGCAACUUUAUUGCUGCUGGCGACGCUUCCAGAGUCGAGUCGGGCGGAGGCCACUGCUGGGCGAGUCCGGCGCCAGAGCCCGUGGCUUCACCGGGCCCCGAACACCUUUACGCUGGGCAAGAAAUUCGCGCGCAACCGACCACUGUCGAGCACGACACUCGCCCUGGAGACGAACACGGCCAUUCCGGUGCGGGCCGUCAACCUUCCGCCGGUAAAGCAACAGCCCGUGGCCGAACUUGAGACGGACAGUAAACCCGCUACGAGAUCCCGAGCGUUCUACGACUGCAUGUCGAGCUGCCUGACCCUGUCGCAGUACAAUCCGGUGUGCGGCACCGACCAGACCACCUACCACAACGUGUACAAACUGGAGUGUGCCAAUCGGUGCGGAGCUAGUCCAAGAGUUUCAAUCCACAAGUCGGGCAUUUGUUAG